CUUAUGCGUAGAGAGAAUGUGAAUAGGAUUAACUACGAACCGUUAAUGGAUCUUCGGAAGUUUAAUUCGUAUCUUUCGAAAAGCGUGAGGUUGAGUAAGAGAAGAGGAGCUGCAUUGUUGAAGAACAUUAAGGGUGUAGCUCAUUCCAUGAGUUUACGGGUUGCGGAUAAAGAUGUAAGCGAUGGAAGCACCGAUAGUCCGAAAAAGGGGAAAGAUCAUAAGCAUGGUAAAGCUAAUGAGUGGGUGAAAGUUAGACCAACAGGGAAAUCUUACAAGGAAUUAAGUGCUUUGCAUAUGUGUCAAGAGAUUCAAGCUCACGAGGGUGCGGUUUGGACUAUUAAGUUUAGUCAAGAUGCUCAUUAUCUAGCGAGCGGAGGAGCGGAUAGAGUCAUUCAUGUAUGGGAGGUUCAAGAAUGUGAACUAAUGUCUAUGAAUGAAGGGAGUCUCACUCCUAUUCAUCCUUCACUUUGUGACUCUGCUGGAAAUGAGAUAACUGUGGUAGAGAAGAAAAGGAAAGGAAAAGGCUCAUCGGGGAGGCGAAACAAUCAUAUUCCGGAUUACGUACAUGUUCCUGAAACCGUCUUCUCCUUUUCUGAUAAGCCUGUUUGCUCUUUGAAAGGUCAUUUGGAUGCUAUUUUGGAUCUGUCAUGGUCCAAAUCUCAGCUUCUUCUUUCAUCUUCCAUGGACAAAACAGUCAGGUUAUGGGAUCUAGAAACCAAAACAUGUCUCAAACUGUUUGCCCAUAAUGACUAUGUGACAUGUAUCCAGUUUAGCCCAGUGGAUGAAAAUUAUUUCUUAAGUGGUUCACUUGACGCUAAGAUAAGGAUAUGGAGCAUACAAGAUCGACAUGUUGUGGAAUGGAGUGAUCUUCAUGAAAUGGUUACUGCUGCUUGCUACACUCCAGACGGUCAGGGUGCACUUAUCGGGUCACAUAAAGGAAUUUGUCGUGCUUACGAUACAGAAGGUUCUUUCCUAAGCUCUUUCUGA